AAUUCUAGUUUAUAUGGAAACUUGUCUAGAAGAUAUGAUCAGCAACCCUCAACUAGGAAUAUUUAUUAUUCUUUCAGGAAAUUUAUCAGAUUGGAAAUAUUCAAGCAAAACAUUUUUUUAUAACAUUUUCGAAUGGGAUCCGGCAUGGCUUGUUGACAAAAAAUACGAAGAAACACCACCGCCUGUUAUUGAUUCAAUAGAAAUGAAUCCAACAAAAUUAUUAUAUUCAACUUAUGAUGAGUAUCAAAAAACCAUGCUGCCAUUUUUAAUUCACGAAUUUUGGUAUACAUUGAAAGAAGAUUUUGCUGAAGAAAAAAAACGAAAAAAGCUUAAACAAACUAACGCAAAAGUAAUGCAAAGGUCAUAUGGCUCUAUAUCAGUUGACAAUACAGAUCAUAAAAUUAUUAGAUUUCGCCUAAUAAGUACUGUUGAAUAUACUCCUGUUCUGGAAGAUACAUAUCCAAGUCGGGGUGACUUGGUUAUAUUAAAUUAUAAAAAAUCUGGUCAAAAGUUUGGGUAUGUAGAAGAAGUAGGAAGAAGCGGAGGCAGACAAAGAGGAGCAACUACGCUGACUUAUGUAUUGAUAACUAAAUACUCUUCAUUGCAUGAUUUGCCGAGCAUAUUGUCAUUAACAACUACCACAUGGAUAUUGUCUUAUCUUACACUUCUAGAUGCUUUGGACAAUAUCCCCUUCUCUGUUUUGUUUAAACCAAUUUUACAACCAGAUAAUGAAUCAUAUAAAAUAUUAUUAACGUCAGACUCUAUUUCUCCAGUAACUAAUGAAAUCCUUAAUGCAAAACAGAGUGAAAUAAUGUCAAGAAUAGUAACAACGAUACAAAAACCAGCUUCUGGUAUAUGUUUAAUCCAAGGCCCUCCUGGGACAGGUAAAUCUACAGUAAUCAAAAAUAUUGUUGCAACUGCGCUGAGUAAGAAUGCUGUAACCCGACUAUUGAUAUGUGCACCUUCAAACAAAGCAAUUGAUGAAUUGGUUAUAAAAUUAUUAAAAAUACAACCAGAUAUGCAAGAAAGAAAUAUUCCCUUUGAAAUCGUCCGCGUGGGUCGCGAAGAAAAAAUUAAUCGAUCAGUAAAACAUAUAUCGUUGCCAAGACUUGCUCUUAAAUGGCAAAAGUCACACUCAAUAUUUAAAGAUGUGCCAAAUCUAGCAUUUGUUGAAGAACAAAUACUAAAAAACGUAAAUAUUAUUGCUUGUACUUUAACAUCUUGCUAUACGAGCUUCCGAAUGAAAGCAGUGUUUGGAAAUGGUGAAUUAGAAAUACCGUUUUGUAUUAUUGAUGAAGCAGCACAAGCGACAGAGUUGCUUACGUUAGUACCUACAUUACUAAAAAUAAACAGAUUGAUUUUGGUAGGUGAUCCUCAACAAUUACCACCCACUAUCUUAUCACAGAAAGCAAAGGACUAUGGCUAUGAUUCGUCGCUCUUCGCAAGAGCUCAAAUUAUUUUUGAAAAUGAAUCAGAAAACCCUAUUGUGAUGUUGGACACCCAAUAUCGUAUGAUCGAUUCAAUUUCUCAGUGGCCGAAUCGUUAUUUUUACAAAGGCGCUAUUAAAAAUGCAGCCUCUGUAGCUCCACUUGAUUUUUGUAAUUAUAAAUUACUCAAUCACACAUUUGAACAAGACAGUGAUGGGCGUUCAAAUCUAAUCGAAGCUAUCCUAGUGGCUAAUUUAGUCCGUUCGCUAAUGGAAAAAAGAAAAUUAAUGGAUAAAGAUAUUAGUAUUGGAGUAAUUACCCCUUAUCAAAAUCAGCGUAUGCUCAUUAAUUCCAUAUUAAAGAGACUUGACGGGAAGCAACAGUCAAAGCAAAUAAAAAUUAAAAAGCGAUCUGAUAAGAAGAAGGAAGAUGACAAAAAUCUUAUAGAUUUUGAAGAUCUGAGUAAACAAGAUACUGAUAAAGAAAAUGAAGCAAAAAUUUUAGUAAAAGUAAACAGCGAUGAUGAAGAUAUAGUAGAAAUUGUAAAUGAAGACAACAAUGACAAUGAAGACAGUAUAGACGAAGACAGCACAGACGAAGACAGCGAUGAAGAUAAAGAUCGUGAUGAAAAUAAAGACAAAGAUCAAGAUGAAGAAAUAAAUACAAAUAUUCCUAAUGAAAAGAUAACUAGAGAAGAAAGUCAAUCAAAAGAUAAAAAAAAACCUAAUAAACAAAGAAGAAGAAAAAGGGGUAAAGAAAAUAAAGAAGAAAAUGAAAAACCCGAUAGUGAAGAAAAAAAAACUGAAAAUGUAAAACAGCAGAAAAAAAUUGAAGUCAAUACAGUAGACAGUUUUCAAGGGUCAGAGUGUGAUGUGAUAAUUCUGUCAUGUGUCAGAAGCGAAGGUAUCGGAUUUGUCAAAGAUCCCAAUCGACUCAAUGUGAGUCUCACUCGCGCGAAACACAGUUUGAUACUGUGUGGAAAUUUUAACGCUUUCAGGCAUAAUGAAAUGUGGCAGGAUCUUUUGGAUGAUGCUCAUGCUCGUGGUGUUUACUUUAAUCUUACCGAUGGUGAAGAAAUAAAGUCUAUUACAGAACACGUUAUUAUUGAUACUACGACUUUAAGUGUUUGAUAUGUUUCUAUUUAA